UUGGAAGGGACUCUCUCUCUAGUUUUCUGGAAAGUAAACCAAGAGAAGUGCUUUCAGACUUAAAGAUUCUGUUGCCGUAACCUUAGAGAAAAGGUAGCAUAAGUGCAUAUGUUUUUGGUUUCCUGUCUGAAGUAAUUUGAAGGGUUAACAAUAUGCGUGUUUAACUUUGCAUCUCAAAUAGGUAAAUGUUUACCCUGCCACAAUUUCAAAUGCUAAACUGUUCUUAAUAGUUUCUCGGGCACCAUGUGUUAGUAAAGACACUGACUGACCCCAUUGUGUAUAUUAAAGAAUUUCCUUUAAAGACCUUGUUCUGGGAGGAGAUGGUUUAUUCUGUAAAAUUCCAAAUUCUAUUAAUAAACAAGUUCUGUAACAAUAACAUAUAUUUAAACUGAUAGUUGCACAGGAAAAAGAAAUGACGACCAUCCGUGAAACAAUCCUUGAGUUGCCGGACGACACAGGUAAAGAGAAAUUAAAAUCAUUAAACUUGCUACAUGAAAAAAAGUAUGAUGUUAAUGAUGCCCCUGAGCCAAAUGGGACUCAGGAACUAAUAUAUUCACUCCUUGCAACUUCCUUUUUCAGGAAGGAGAGUCCAUUCGUGACGAGAGUUUUGAGGGCGUCGUUUCGAAGUUAUACGGCUGCAAGCAGACUUGUCUACAGAGAGUAAAGCCACCCGAAGGCCAAGGCAAUUACUAAGAGGUAACGAAGUUGAAGGAGGAGCCGCCUUUCUGGUUCGCCUACCCCGAUCUCACACAUUCCUGUGCUUAUACAGUCAGGGACAAAACAGCUGGGCCGGGCAUGUAAAUUCCAGUUCUUUUCCUGCCUUCCCAAAGCCAGGCGCGGCUGGAGUUCAUUUCCCUGGUCGAAUAGAAAGAAAGAGCGAGGGAAAGCAAUUAGGCUAUCCCAAAGGUGCCACUGCUAGUACUAACCUUCCUCCCUCCGUUGGCCCCACCCUGGCUAGGAGCGAAAUCCUAUUGCAGGCGGGAGGAGCCGCCAGCUGGAGCCUGAGCGAAUCAAGAAAGGCAGAGAAAACAAAGUCCUCGUCGCCGUCUCCUCCUUCUCUUCAUUAGUUCCGCCCUUGGAGCUGCAGCCGGUGAGCCGGGCGGGGGAACCUCAGACUCACCUGGUCCAAGUUGUCAGGACUUCGGCGCUCAGCCCAGUGGCCGCAAUUCCCGCCAAAUCGCCAGCCUCCGGAUAUGGUCCCGCCGGCAAGAACACGGCACAGAGGGGGCCCGGUUGGAGCCGCUUGCUUCCAGCUCCUCCUCAGCCUCCUGGUAUUAAGUUUAUCUUGUGAAGCUUGUAAAAAAGUUACCCUAAAUGUGCCUCCAAAACUAAAUCCAGAUACACUAAUUGGCCAAGUAAAUCUGAAAGGGUGUCUUAGAACUCCUCACCUAAUCGGUACCAGUGACCCUGAUUUCGUAGUUCUGGAAGAUGGUUCAAUAUUUACAGCAAAUACAGUUUCUUUGUCUUCUGGAAAGAAAACAUUCACCAUAUUGCUCAAGAAUUUGCAAAAUAGUCAACAAAAGCAAAUCCAUGUUAAUUUACUGUCACGUUCUCCAAAAACACAUAAAACAGGAGAGAUAGUUCUUAGACGCAGUAAACGAAGAUGGGCUCCUGUACCAACUGUUAUAAUGGAAAAUUCACUGGGACCUUUCCCAAUGCAAAUUCAGCAGCUAUCUUCUGAUACAGCUCAAAAAUACAACAUUACCUAUUCCAUUGGUGGUCCUGGUGUGGAUCAACCACCACUAAAUUAUUUUUACAUUGAAAAGGAAACCGGAAAUCUCUUUGUUACUUGUCCAAUAGAUCGGGAGGAAUAUGCGGAAUUUCAGAUAGUUUGCUAUGCAAAGACAUUAGAUGGCUACACACCAGAGAUUCCACUUGUACAUAUAAUCCGAAUUGAGGAUGAUAAUGAUAAUCCUCCAAUUUUUAAUCCUGAUACAGUUACUUUCUGUAUUAUAGAGAAUAGCAGACCUGAUACCUUCAUUGGGCAAAUGAUUGCAACAGACAGAGAUGAACCGGGCACACUGCACACUAAACUGAUGUACACAAUUGUGGGACAAACUCCUGCUUCACCUCGAGGUGGCCCUUUAUUUAAAGUACACAAAGAAACUGGUGUUAUUUCUUUGCAGAGUGCAUUCUUGGACAGAGAGAAAAUAGAUAAAUACACAGUAUUAGUGGAAGCAAGAGAUAUGGGAGGUCAGAAAUUUGGUUUAUGCAACACUGGAACGGCUAUAAUUGAAGUUGGUGAUGCAAAUGAUCAUGCCCCGAUGUGUGAACAUGGUGUGUAUGAAGUAUUUAUACUUGAAAACGCAGUUAAUGCAGAAGUAACGAAAAUUGGUGUGACAGACAAAGAUGUACGAGGAACUCCAGCCUGGCACGCUACUUUCAAUAUUAUAAGGGGAAAUGAAGAUGGUUCUUUCAAAAUUGAAACAAACCGGGAUUCAAACAUUGGUACCUUAUGUAUUAAAAAGGGUCUGGACUAUGAAAAGACCAAGGAGAGAAGAUUAGAAAUUGUUGUGAAUAAUGAAGUCCCUUACGCUUUAGCACCGAAUUCGGGACCAAUUUCUACAAGUACUUGUGUUGUUGUUAUUAAAGUACGAGAUGUGGAUGAAGGGCCUGAAUUCCAUCCUAAAAUAUAUAUUUUGGAUAUAAAAGAAUGUUUGAAAGCUGGAACACCGGUUGGCCAUUACUCCGCAAGUGAUCCAGAGACCGGAAAUAGUGAAGACAUACGUUACAAAAUAAUAAAGGACCCAUGUAACUGGAUCACCAUGAAUAAUGAAGGUCAGAUCAGCACCACUAAAAUGUUAGACAGGGAAGCACCAGAUUUAAAGUUAUAUCAAUGUAAUGUAACAGUUGCUGCAGUAGACCGAAGUGGCAAAACAGGCACUGGAACAAUUGUAGUUAAUCUACGAGAUGAGAAUGAUAAUUACCCAGAAAUUGUUCAAAAGGAGUAUAUAAUAUGCAGAGACAGAAAACCAAUUUGUCUUACUGCUGUGGAUGCUGACAUAGAUCCUCACACAGUUCCCUUUACUUUUUCCAUUCUUGAAAGAGACACUCAAAACUGGAGACUAACUCAAAGUGAUGACAGAUCAGUAUAUUUGGAACCAUCCGAUGCUUUAAGCUAUGGCCAGUACAUAAUUCCUAUUGAAAUAUCUGAUAAUGGAGGCAACAAAGGGGUUUCUGAAAUCAGAGUUUCACUGUGUGAUUGUACAGUUCCUAAAGAUUGUCUUUACCCACCAAGAGAUAGUUUACCACGUCAGCGCUCAGAUGUUACUCUUGGUAUUUGGGCCAUCCUUGCUAUGAUUUUGGGAUCACUGCUGCUAUUGUUAAUCCUGAUUACGCUUUGUGGAUGUUUUGGUGGUGCACCCAUGGCUGGCACUAAGCAUGUUUGUGAUGAUUUAGCCAAUCAGAAUUUAAUCAUAUCUAAUACUGAAGCACCUGGAGAAGAAGUUAUGGAUCCGAACAUACUUCCUGUGAAAACAGGAAACAUAGUGACGUCUGAUCACGGGGUUGGUUCUGGAAUAAAAACUGGGGGACAAGAAAGUUUCGAAAUGGUCAAAGGACACCAGACCAUGGAAUCGGUUAGGGGGCAGCACACCUUGGAAUCUGUCAAAGGAGCGGGGCAUCAUACUUUAAAUGGAAAAGGAUAUGGGCAGUCCAUGAUGGAUACCUACAGAUACAAUUAUUCAGAAUGGCAGAAUUUCACACAUCCUCGUCUGACUGAGAAAGUAUAUCUGUGUGGGCAAGAUGAAGAGCAUAAGCAUUCCGAUGACUAUAUUCUUUCAUAUAACUAUGAAGGAAGAGGAUCGCCAGCGGGCUCUGUAGGCUGCUGUACUGAUCAGCAAGAAGAAGAGGCACUUGACUUUUUAGAUCAGUUGGAACCAAAGUUUAGGACAUUAGCAGAAACCUGCGUGAAGAGAUAGAUGACAGAGUGGAAAACCAUCACUGCUAUGCAGAAUAGCUGUUUCAAAUCUUGAAUACACCAGAUUUAUGUUUCUUGUUUUUCCUGUAAUGGGUGUGGUGAAUCAAAAGUACAUCCUAACAUUAGGUUUGUCAGGACUAAGGUUUCUAUAUCUAAACUUCAGAUGCUGCGUUCUAUUUCGUUUUAGACUCUCUUUAGCUGUCAUGUCAAUCUGUAAUUAACUUGCUUCCCAAAUGCAACAGAUUCUCGUUUUAUUAUUUUUCUGGAUUUCAUGGGGAUUAUUUUGGGCUGCUACUCCCAUAAUUUUCAGGUUUCAACCAUGGUGACUAGGAAUUUUGGGAGCAGUUCUGUCACAUCUGGAAUAUCCCCACUGGGGAAUUUGACCGUAGGAAAGUGAAGUUCAUUAUUUCCUACUUUUAGGGAUUAUGUUUUAUGCUAACUAUUUUUGCCUGAGUUUCAACAGCUUUCUUUAAUUUAGCUAAAACUUUAGCUUUAUAGAGAGAAAUGACAAAGGAUUUCAGUUAUUAAUUAUUUGCAUCAUACAGAAACAAAGAUUCUGUUUUCAAAACAAGAUGCCAUUUUUUCCUGUAAGACCUUCCUUUACAGUCAUAUAACCUCUAGCUUUUCUCUAUUUUUCUCCUUAGCAAAACACCCAGUGUUUUAUGAUCACUGAGCAUAACUGGGCUUUGUCAUCUUUUUUUAGGAUUUGGAGUGUGGGUUGGCAAGGGGUCUUUGGCAAAGUUUGGUUCCCCCCCCCCCUAAGCCUGCUAAUGCUUUUCUCUUUUAUGUGGAUGUUGUUCUUUUGACUAAUAAAGAUAUUUUAACAAAGAAA